CUAGAGACAAAAAACACAGAAGACGUGACCUCUAUCAUAUUGUGAAGGAGAUGAGACACAGGUCAUGACCCAUCAUUUGUCUACAGUGCGAAAGUAGAGCCAGCGUGAAGUGUCCAUGGCCACAGAAUCAUCACCUUCCCAGUUCCUCCAGGAUCCCUUUUAACCCUGUUCGAAGCUGUAACGGAGCGUUCCAGCGUACUCCACCUGUCUGCCAGCUCUGACUGUUGGCUACCACAUGUUUGAGGUGACUGUAUGUAACCGCCUCCCAUCGUUGAGCAGUAGCCGCAGAAGUUACCUGCAACCCCGAUCUGCACCAUGCAGUGGAGACGGCGGCAUUGCUGUCCCAUCAAGAUGACCUGGACUGUCAAGCGUUCGCUUUUCCGGACCCAUGUUGCCGGGCUUCUCUCACUGGCUCUGCUCUUUACCCUCUUCCUAUUUUUUAGCCACCAGGACUGGCUACCGGGUCGGAGUGGUCCCAGGGAAAACCCACUGGCAUAUACGGUCAGAGGUUUCCGUAGCCCCAAGGGGGAAGUCAAUCAGAGCACAUCCUUGCGGAGCUUGUGGAAGGAGACUGGCUAUGUAGCGCCAAAACCUCUGCUCAACCUCAGCUCUCAGCAGGUGGAAGGGGCUGCAGGAGAGAUCGGAGGAGGAACCAGGAUGGGUGUAAUGGGGCUCGGGGACUCCAUGAGCACUAACAACAGCUUACAGAAGGAAAUGGAUAUGGGAGGGAGGCUCAGUGCUCAGCCAUUCCGCUACAUCCUGAACGAGCCCUUCAAGUGCAGAGACAGCACACCUUUCCUCAUCCUCCUUAUCGCUGCAGAACCUGGCCAGGUGGAUGCCCGGAACGCCAUCCGGCAGACUUGGGGGAAUGACAGUGUAGCAAUGGGUCUUGGGUUUGUUCGUCUCUUUCUGCUUGGUACAGCAAAGACCUCAGACACUUUCAUCCAGAGUGCCAUAGAGGACGAGAGCCGUCUUUACCAUGACAUUAUCCAACAGGACUACCAGGACACUUACUACAAUUUGACCAUCAAGACCCUCAUGGGUAUAAACUGGGUGGCAACUUAUUGCCCACAUGUCUUCUAUGUAAUGAAGACAGACAGUGACAUGUUUGUCAACACCGAGUAUCUCAUCCAGAAACUGCUGAAACCUGAGCUUCCUCCAAAGCAGAGGUACUUCACCGGUUACCUGAUGAGGGGCUACGCACCAAACCGAAACAAAGACAGCAAGUGGUACAUGCCACCAGAGCUGUACCCAAGCGAGCGCUACCCGAUAUUCUGCUCUGGCACAGGGUACGUGUUCUCAGGGGACAUGGCUGAGCUCAUAUAUCAGGCCUCUCUUAGCAUACGCAGGCUGCACUUGGAGGAUGUUUACGUGGGGAUCUGCUUGGCAAAGCUACGCAUUGACCCGGCGCCACCUCCCAAUGAGUUCCUGUUCAACCAUUGGCGGGUGUCUUACUCCAGCUGUAAGUAUAGCCAUCUCAUCACAUCCCAUCAGUUCAGCCCCAGCGAACUCAUCAAGUACUGGAACCACUUGCAGACCAACAAGCACAAUGCCUGUAUGAACGUAGCCAAGGAAAAAAAUGGGAAGUACAGACACCGAAGGUUUCACGGGGAGAGACCGCCGUGAUCCAUCCUGGGGCUGCUGUGGUGCUGCAUCUACAGCCAGACAAAGGCAUGUUGAGAGUGCAGACCUACAUACUACAUGGAAAAAAAGCACAUUGUUUUUGGUAUUGUGUACAGUUGAUCUAAACUAUUUUUUUAAUUUGAGGAAAAUGUUAAGUAUUGUAAACUGUUUCCAAACACGUAGGGGGAAGGAUGCGAUAUGAAGCAUGCACAAAAAGUGAUCCGGGUAAAGAGCUGCGAUUAUGUAAACUUGGGUUUCUGACAGAAAGGUGACACGACAGCUAAUGGGAAGGUUCAACACUUUGUCACAUUUUACUAAUCUAAAAAUAAAAAAUAAAAUAAAAAAAGAAAUUGUGUUUACACAGACAAAGGCAAAUGUUCAUGUAUUAUGUCAGAAGUUAUACCACCUAAAUAUGAAUGACAGUAUCUUUGACCAGUUAUGCUGCCCUGUUUCUCAGUGUUUAUGUUACAGAAUUAUCAGACUCUAAAGAAAUGUAUUUUAUUUUAAAGUCAAUGUGGAAACACUCAGAAUCAUGUCAGAGAUGACUGAGAUUGUAUUUUUUAAAGCUUUACUUGGAGUAUGACUCUGCACUUGAGCAAAUGUGCAAUGAAUCAGUUAAUUAAAUGUACUGAAUUCAGAUUGUUGGAAUUGCAUGUGCCUUCACUGUGGGAGUCUUUCCUAUUUGAAUUCCAGAUAUGAUUUGUACUCUAGAACCGCAUCACCAGACUUUUCAAAAGUGACGCAUACUCGAAAUCUAAA